GCAGACUUUUGGAUUUGCGCCUUUUGUCGGCAAGUUUGAAUCGAGUUUUGAGAAUAAUCGUGGCUGGAUUGGAUUCUCAAUUUUCAAUAUUUCCGGCUUUUCGAGCUAUUUUUUAAAAUAGAAAAUUGCUAUUUUCUCGGUGAUCAAAGAUGGGAAUUUUAGAAAAGAUUGCCGAAAUUGAAAGGGAAAUUGCCCGAACUCAGAAAAAUAAGGCCACCGAGUAUCAUUUGGGACUUUUGAAAGCGAAAUUGGCAAAAUAUCGCUCCCAGCUUUUGGAACCUACGGGUAAAAAAGGGGAGAAAGGGGAAGGGUUUGAUGUUCUGAAAAGUGGGGACGCCCGUGUCGCCCUCGUAGGAUUUCCAUCAGUUGGAAAGUCAACGCUUUUGAGUACGGUGACUAAAACGGAGAGCGAAUGUGCUGCUUAUGAAUUCACGACCUUGACCUGCAUUCCGGGAGUUAUUGAAUAUAAAGGGGCGAACAUUCAGCUGCUGGAUUUGCCAGGAAUCAUUGAAGGUGCCUCCCAAGGAAAAGGAAGAGGGAGACAAGUCAUUGCCGUUGCCCGCACCGCCGACGUGGUUUUGAUGAUGUUGGACGCCACGAAAGGAGACGUGCAGAGGAAAUUAUUGGAAGCAGAAUUGGAAUCCGUUGGAAUUCGACUUAAUAAACGAAAGCCAAAUAUUUACUUCAAAAUUAAGAAAGCCGGAGGAUUAUCUUUCAAUUCGAUGGUGCCGUUAACGAAAUGCGAUGAGAAAUUAGUUCAACUAAUUCUUCAUGAGUAUAAAAUGUUCAAUGCGGAAGUGCUUUUCAGAGAGGAUUGUACUGCAGAUGAAUUGAUUGACGUCAUUUGUGCGAAUCGUGUCUACAUGCCGUGUCUUUACGUUUAUAAUAAAAUUGAUCAAAUCAGCAUUGAAGAAGUGGAUCGGAUUGCUCACCUGCCAAACACCGUCGUCGUCAGCUGUAACAUGAAAUUGAAUUUGGAUUACCUUUUGGAAGUUUUGUGGGAGUACCUUUCGCUCAUCAGGGUCUACACCAAGAAACCUGGUGAACCUCCAGAUUUCAGUGAUGGCUUAAUUUUACGUCGUGGUUGUACCGUUAGCCACGUGUGCCACACAAUUCACAGGACGUUAGCCGCAGAUUUUAAAUAUGCGCUCGUUUGGGGGACGAGUACUAAAUACUCCCCGCAAAGAGUCGGUGCGAAUCAUGUUAUGGCGGAUGAAGAUGUCAUCAGGGUGGUCAAAAAGUGAAUGCGGGGACUGAUUUCCGAUAAUUUGUUUUGGGAUUUGUAAUAAGUUUUUUCCGGUUUUUGAUAAGAGAAAGUUUGUUUCACUUUCUCUGUGAAAAUAAAUCAUUUAAGGGGAAUUUGAGAUUUUCUCAGGUUUCCGUUUAAAAAGAAA